GCCUUCCAGAGGUGGUUUGUGGAGCCCCUUCCAUCUACCUCGACUUUGCCCGCCAGAAGCUCGAUGCAAAGAUUGGGGUGGCAGCACAGAACUGUUACAAGGUACCCAAGGGUGCUUUCACAGGAGAGAUCAGCCCAGCAAUGAUCAAAGAUAUUGGAGCCGCAUGGGUGAUCCUGGGCCACUCUGAGCGAAGGCAUAUUUUUGGGGAGUCUGAUGAGUUGAUUGGGCAGAAGGUGGCUCAUGCUCUAGCUGAGGGCCUUGGAGUCAUCGCCUGCAUUGGAGAGAAGCUGGAUGAGAGAGAAGCUGGCAUAACGGAGAAGGUGGUUUUUGAACAGACCAAGGCCAUUGCUGAUAAUGUGAAGGACUGGAGUAAAGUGGUUCUUGCCUAUGAGCCAGUUUGGGCUAUUGGAACUGGCAAAACUGCCACUCCCCAACAGGCUCAGGAAGUUCACGAGAAGCUGAGGGGGUGGCUGAAAAGCCACGUGUCUGAUGCGGUUGCUCAAUCAACUAGGAUCAUCUAUGGAGGUUCGGUCACUGGCAGCAACUGUAAGGAGCUGGCCUCUCAGCAUGAUGUGGAUGGCUUCCUUGUUGGUGGAGCUUCUCUCAAGCCAGAGUUUGUGGAUAUCAUCAACGCCAAACACUGAAGCAGCUUGUGAGGAGCAGUCCCUUGUGGUUAAGAACGAGAAACAGAAGCAAGAAGGGACCUUUCAUUGCACAUGUCUCAGUACAGAGGCUUUCCCCCUCCACGGUCAUUGUUCUAGCUGUGCUGCUAACCCCCACCACCAUGUUGCAGUCCUGUUAGUGGGAGUCUGUCUUGGCAGAGUCUUGACAGCCUCCUCUCAGAGUUAGCAAAAUCCUCUGUUGCCUGCUGACCUGUGAGAGCCCACAGGCAACCUGGCCAGUGCCUCCCCCUUUCUCUGCAGUGCUGCAGGGAGAGAGGGCCACUGGUGCUGGGGGAAAGGAAAAAGGAACUACAGUCUCUUGCAUCCUUUAGCUCCAUCAGCAAGGAGCCCAUCAGCUUAGACCCUUGUGAGAUGUCUUACCUCACCUGUGUCCCGUACUGAACAAUAAAUCAAGAAAAGAAAA